UUUUUUGUAUUUAUAUCGCUACAUAAUUCCGAUAUUUCGUCAGUUGAUCGAGAGAAGUGAAGGUGACUUCAAUCCUCUGGAUAAUCCCCAAGAGUGUAGUAACUGAGUAAAAAUGGAUUGGACAUUAGUGGCCCUAAGUGUUAUAACUUUUGUGGUGGUAGGAUAUUUGUGGGUGAAAAAACAAUACAGAUUCUUCGAGGAGAAAGGUGUUCCCUUCGUCAGACCGAAAUUUCCCCUUGGAAAUCUUUGGGGUGUUGGCAAGAAAUUUCACAGUGGAGAACUUAUUCGAAAAAUUUACACCAAACUUAAAGGAAAAGAUGUGAUUGGAGGUGUUUAUUUCUUCACGAGGCCUGUUGUAAUGCCUUUUGAUUUGGAUUUACUGAAGCAUAUACUCGUCAAGGAUUUUCAGUAUUUUCAUGAUCGUAAUAUCUACGUGAAUGAGAAAGAUGAUCCUCUGUCAGGCCAUCUAUUUGCACUUGGAGGACAGAGAUGGAAGCAUUUGAGAAACAAACUAAGUCCUACAUUCACAUCUGGAAAAAUGAAGAUGAUGCAUAGUACAAUAAUUGCCGUAGCUCAAGAAUUUCAAAAUUAUCUAGAGGACUUUGCUGAAAAGAAGGAAGAAAUUGAAGUGAAAGAUAUUUUGGGGAGAUUUACAACGGACGUUAUUGGUAGCUGUGCUUUUGGACUUGAAUGCAAUAGUCUUAAGGAUCCGGAUACACAGUUUCGUGUAAUGGGAAAGAAAGUUUUUGAUUUUGGUGGAUUUGAAUUUUUGAAGUUAUUCUUCUUAUCGAUGUUUCCCAACGUAGGGAGAACCCUUCGUAUGAGAGUGACAAAGCCGGAUGUAUCUGACUUCUUUAUGGGAGUCCUUAGAGAAACUAUUGACUACAGAGAAAAGAAUAAUGUCAAGAGAAAUGAUUUUCUGUCUCUCUUGAUCCAAAUCAAAAAUACUGGAAAAUUAGAUGACGAAGAAGUUGAUCUGGGGAAAAUGACUUUUGAAGAGUUAGCAGCUCAAACCUUCAUUUUCUUUAUUGCUGGAUUUGAGACAUCUUCGUCCACGAUGACAUUUGCAUUAUACGAACUAUCAAAAAAUCAGAAAGUUCAGAAUCAAGCUAGGGAAGAAGUCAAUAGGGUUCUUGAGAAGUACAACGGGGAAUAUACCUACGAAGCUUGUAUGGAAUUAAAAUACAUUGAUCAAGUGAUCAAAGAAACGCUACGACUACAUCCAAUCGUUCCGAAUUUAAUCCGGAGCUUGGGUCAGGACUAUAAAAUCCCGGAUCGCGAUUACGUUUUUAAGAAAGGAACCUUCUUCAGUAUCCCUAUAUUCGGUAUCCAUCGUGAUCCUGAUAUCUAUCCUGAUCCCGAUCGUUUCGAUCCGGAUCGUUUCACCGAAGAGAACAUUAAGAACCGACAUUCCUAUGCUUGGCUUCCGUUCGGAGAAGGACCUAGGAAUUGUGUCGGAAUGAGAUUUGGCAUGAUGCAGACAAGGGUUGGACUGGCUACCCUACUUAGCAAAUACAGGAUCACCCCGACUGAUAGAACUCCUAUUCCGAUGUCUUAUUCACCGACUUCUGCUGUUCUAUCACCACGAGACGGAAUGUGGCUCAAAAUUGAAAAAGUUUAAAUAACUACGUUUUAUAUUUUUCACAAAAUGAAAUGACUGGCAAUGCUAUUAUCUUGUGAACAUUGCCAAUUUUCAAAUUUCGAUAAGAUUGGGCGUAUGCUUUGUCAUUCUACCAUUUAAUUGAUGUGAGUAGAGAGAUAUACUUAAUAACAUUGUCCAUUUUGGUUGUGUUCUGUGCAAUAACGAGGCAAUUUGCUAUAUUUUGCCGACUUUAUGUACGUAUAAUUUUAAGUGUUAACCUAAGAAUUAUUUAGUAGAUUAGCUUGCCUUUAACUUCUAUGUAAACAUUGACGUUCAGGAAGCGUCUAUUGACGUAUUUGACUGUGAAUUCCUUAAUGUAAUUAACAAAAAUAAAGAACACCGGUAUGUAAAUUAUCCAAGUCAUAAUAAAGGUAAUUCCCUUAACCGA